CGUUGCAUCAACCCAUCACGAGCACUUAGCGUUCACUAGAGUGGAAGAGACCAUGGCGUCGAAGACCACAAGCUCGAUCGCUCUUUUCCUCUUGUUCAACGUCCUCUUCUGGGUCCUCACCAGCGCCUGCGGCUACUGCCCUACCCCGACGCCGAAGCCCAAACCCAAGCCGAAGCCGAAGCCGAAGCCAACCCCGAGCCCUGCCCCCUCCGGGAAAUGCCCCGUGGACACCCUCAAAUUUGCCGCCUGCAGCGACGUCCUCAAAUUGAUCAACGUCGAGAUCGGCAAGCCGCCGAAGAAGCCCUGCUGCAGUCUGGUGGAAGGGCUUGCCGACGACGAGGCCGCUCUCUGCCUCUGCACCGCCCUCAAGGCCAACGUCCUCGGCGCCAACCUCAACAUACCCAUCAGCCUCAGCCUCCUGGUGAACUACUGUGGCAAGAAGGUCCCCGAGGGCUUCCAGUGCCCUUAAACUCCCGCUUGUUGGCUUUCCCGGUGUUCAUGUGAACUCAAAUCUACAUCGGUGUAGCUUCUUCGUCUCUCUCUCUCUCUCUCUCUCUCUCUCUCUCUCUCUUUCAAUAAGCGCAUGCAGAUUGUGACUAGUGAAUGGUGUAAUGUAUUUUGUUUCUUCCAUCGAAUGAAAUCACAAGUGUAAUUGUUCGGGGUCA